UGAUAAUAUAGGUGGUGGUGAUCAAUCAUGGCGGCUAGUUUUGCUCAAAAAUACUUGCAGAAGCUGCUAGUUUUGAAGGGCGGAAGCACACCUUCGAUUUCCAAGGCAAUGGUUAUUCGAAUCAACCUCUUCUUCCUUGCGCUUUUCCUCCUUGUCUACGCCCUUCUUCUUCUCUUACACCAGCCAUCCGCGCCUGAUCAUAACAUCAGGAGCUCCAUUCGCGGUUAUAGUUAUAACUAUUGCUCCAUGCUCAACUCAUGCAAAACCAGCCCUAAAGCCAAAGAACAACAUCAAGGAGGUGAUCAAGCAGCGAAAAUAGAUAAGAUCAAGAGAGUGAAGCCAGCCUUUGCGGAUGCAAUAUUAAUGCAGGGAAAGAAGGGAAAUAUGAAGAUUGGAAUGAUAAACAUGGAAGAUGAGGACUUGAAGGAAUGGGAGCAGUACGCAGAGAUGAUAACAAUUGAAUAUGACAAAGUAUCGGAGCUAUUUGAGUGGAAGCAUCUGUUCCCAGAAUGGAUCGAUGAGGAACAAGAGAAUGAAGGAGGGUAUAUCUGUCCUGAGAUACCUAUGCCCAUAUUUGAGGACUACUACUCCUUUAAUUUCGACUUGAUUAUGGUGAAAAUUCCAUGUGGGUCGAACCUCAGGGACGUUUUCCGGCUCCAGCUGCAUCUCAUGGCAGCCAAGAUGGCGUUGGUGUUCAGAUAUCGUCGACCACCACCGAGGGUAGUGGUGCUGAGCAAAUGUCGGCCGAUGAUGGAGAUUUUCCGCUGUGACGACCUGGUAAGCAAAGAGGGGGACUGGUGGCUGUUUGAGCCGGACAUGGGUACGCUGGAGAACAAACUAUCACUUCCUAUAGGAUCAUGUAAUCUGGCUUUGCCUCUCAACUGGUCGGAGGAGGAGAAUAAUGAGAUCCAACAACAACGAAAGAGUAUUAUGAUGAUGAAUCGGGAACGUCGACGGGAAGCUUACGCAACGGUCCUACAUUCGUCAGAGGCGUAUGUUUGCGGCGCCAUAACCUUAGCCCAAUCCUUAAUCCAAACCGGGACAAAGCGCGACCUUCUCCUCCUCUUGGACACAUCCAUCUCCAUUCCUAAACGUGAAGCUCUUGCCAUGGCCGGAUGGAAGAUCCAUUUGAUCAAAAGAAUCCGCAAUCCAAAAGCCGAAAAAAACUCUUACAACGAAUACAACUACAGCAAGUUUCGAUUAUGGCAGCUUACCCAAUACUCCAAAAUCAUUUUCGUCGACUCCGACAUCAUUGUUCUUCAGAACCUUGACCUCCUCUUCCGUUUCCCACAAAUGUCUGCCGCUGGAAACGACGGUUCACUCUUCAACUCAGGCGUCAUGGUCAUCGAACCCUCCAACUGCACAUUUCGUGUUCUCAUGAAGGCCCGAAAAGACGUCGUUUCCUACAACGGGGGUGACCAAGGUUUCCUCAACGAGAUCUUCGUUUACUGGCAUCGACUCCCUAGACGAGUGAAUUUUCUCAAGAAUUUCUGGUCAAAUUCAUCCAGCGAAGCCCAUUUGAAAAACAACUUAUUUGGGGCAGAUCCUCCAAAACUAUAUGCCAUCCAUUACCUCGGAUUAAAGCCUUGGCUGUGUUAUAGGGACUAUGAUUGCAAUUUUGAUAUCGAGGAUCAGCUUGUUUAUGCAAGUGAUGUGGCACAUAAACGGUGGUGGAAGGUUCACGAUGCAAUGGAUGCUCAAUUGCAGAGCUUUUGUGGGUUGUCACCACAGAGGAACAAUGAUUUGAAAUGGGAUCGUAUGAACGCUAUGAGAAUGGCCUUGCCAGGUGCCCAUUGGAACAUCACACUUACCGACCCAAGAAGAUUAACAGCGGACUGACUGCAAAUUUCAUUGCUUUCUUCCCUCCCUCCUUGUCCAUUUGUCCCCCCACCUCAUUUCUUUCCUCUUAGUUUUUGUUUGUUUGUUUCCUCCUCAGUUAGCAAUUUUUGAACAUAAAAGUAACUAAAUUGUUUCAGUGAAAUCAAUCUGUUACGACCCAUUCUUCAGAGUUGCCUGCAUCCGAUCGACGGACCGAUGAAGAAGGAGACGCACCGAUCUAUCGCCAGAGCGAAGACAUAAAUAACCAUUAUACGAUUGGUCGAACUAUGAUCUCUGUAAAUCGAACAUGCAGCAAAGGAUCCUUCGAGUCAGAUGGAAGGACAGACAUCUUCCCAUGUGAUAAUAAUUAUUAUCAAAGAGGCCCCUGGGAUCUGCUUCUAUUUUUAAUUCACUCCAAAUUAUUAAAAUACAUAUUAGCAUUUCCUUAUUUUCAAUAAGUAUCG